AUGCAACCGGCAGCUAGACUGUUAUCGCGGUCGGUAUGGAAAGGCCCCAACAUCGUGCCACUACCCAUAAGGGAAGCCAUGACCAAGGGCACCCCAAUAAGAACAAAUGCAAGGGCCGCUACCAUCCUGCCCCAAUUCGUGGGACUCAAGUUUCAAAUACAUAACGGUAAGGAGUAUGUGCCUAUCGAGAUAUCUGAAGAUAUGGUGGGCCACAAACUGGGCGAGUUUGCACCCACCAGGAAGCGUUUCAGCUAUACCCAGACCAAGAAUAAAUGA